AUGUCUACACUGAGAGAGAGCUCACACGUGAGCAGAAAGUACGUGAGUCAUGGCGGCGCUAUAUCCGGACAGGGCCACUCUGCGAACUCGAGCAACAGCCUCGAGAACAACUUGGUUAACUCUCAUCUGCGGUGCCCUCCACCCCCGCCUCUUCGUAGUCAUACUCUGGAGUAUGGAUACUCGGUACCGGACGCUCUUUUGGAAGAUCUACAAACCAGCGUAUCCAGAAGCGCAACACCCAGUGGCCGAAGGCCUUACUCGCCUCAGGUCGAGUCUAUUUCCCCGACACGAACGAGUACGACCACUAGGGAAAAGUACGUGAGCACAGGACCCAGCGGAGUAGGAAGCGGAAUACCAGGCUUGGAGGCACUGGACGCUGAAUUACGAAACUUCAACAAGAGCCAGGACGGCAAGCCAGUAGACUCAUAUGGAACAACGGACAGAGCCUUCACAACCAACACUUCACCCUUCUCAGAUGACAUACAUGAGGCGAGCUAUGAAGAAAUCCAUAGGAAGCGAAAGAAUGCCGAGAAAAUCACUAAGACAUCGGCGGUUAACAGAGAGCUGGUGUAUGGCGACACUUAUUCGUCAUCUCGCUCAAAACAGGCAUCACCACUUCCGGGAGCACAAACGCGAGACGUUAAAAUAAUUCGCGAAGCUACUAAGUACGGAAUCGAGCAAGUACCAGUGCCAUCUCCAACAUCAACAAUUCCCUUGAAUUUGGCCCCAGGUCCAAACACCAAGGUCACCACGACGAUAAAAACGUACACCUACGAAUUGCCAGGAGCUCCAGAAAUUUACUUACCACCCGGCCACUCAGGCACUGACCAGACAGUGACCUACAAGCUGGACAAAACCCUGGAGCGAUCUGCGAGCCCAAUCAGGUACACGAGCACGCCCGAGAUAAAUCAAAAGUCCUCGAUCCUGCACAAAGAGUCCAAGUACUACCAGGAAGAUCUGCGCGGGUCUCCAACUUACAGGAAGCCCAGCUCGCCUUACUCAGCGGGACCGUCUCCUACGCCGACGAACCUGGAGACGACGACCACCCGGAAGGAGAACUUCUACAUCAGAGACGAUCGUUAUGAAAACGGAUACCUGCCUGUCGACAGGACAGACUAUCCCGGGUAUCAGAGCCACCCCCACCCACCGUACACCGAAACCACAACGACGACGAUGAUUGACAGGAUCGAGGAACAUUUUCCAGACAAGCCGGCUUCUCCGUCACGCAGCUACUACACAGCAACGCCUCCAAUCACGCCUCAGUCGGCCAAUGUUUAUAAAUACUCCAAGGAGUCCUACAGCAAUCACCAUGCCAGCGACCGCGAAGUACUUUUACCGAAACCCUUUCCCACAGGCACGCAACUCUAUCCCGUAAACGGAAAAGGGCCCAGCAACGGCCAGGGACCGCCCGCUAAACUUGAUGAUCUUAUGGCUUCCUUCUCAGAAUCAGAGCGUGAAGUGUUAGUUGACAUAAAGCGUGAAGAGCAGAUGCAACGAAAAAAUAAAACACAAGAAAACGGGGUCCCCAAGAAGGGAGUUGAUUUUAUCAGUCAUACACCUCCGAAAGUGCAGAGUAAAAACGUCGCGGGUCCUCCUGUUUACUAUCCGCCUGGCUCCGCGGAGUUUACCAAGAAAGAGGAAGGAGCUAUGAUGCAAGCAAGUGGCGAAUGGGCGAGGGCGAGAGGCCAGUAUGAGUAUGAGGCAUCAAGCAAAACUAAAACAAAACAAUCAAGUGGAAAAGCUGUUGUUCCUGUGUGUCUUCCUCUCUGUUGUGCUCUUCCUUGCGUUAUAAUGUAA